UUGACGUUUCUGGAACACAUGAAAAAAAAGAUCGUAAAAACAAAUUCGUAAUUUGUGAAAUUACCAGGAAUAUACGAAAACAAAUUUCUUUACACAUUACAUAAAAUGGCAAGCUCGAUAAUAGUUGCUGGCAUAGGUCUAGCUGCAGUUGGUUUUGCGGGGAAGCAUCUCAUGCGCCGCAUGCCUGCUAUGGCCACAAAAUUAAGCGAAACUAUGAAAAAUCUACCCAAAUUUGACGCAGAAACCUUGGCGAACUCGAAAUACUACAAAGGAGGCUUCGAUCCAAAAAUGAAUAAACGUGAGGCUUCUCUGAUUUUGGGCGUAAGUCCUAGUGCGUCCAAAUUGAAGAUAAAAGAUGCACACAAGAAG